UCAGUGAGAGAAUGCAAAUGAAUCAGCGCGCCUAAUAAUGAAAAUUCAGGGGAGCGUGGAGGAAUUGUAGCUCAAUUCUGCUGGUAUUGGGUCCAAUCAAACCCUACCAAUUGAUCAAAUAAUCAUUACAAAAGAAAUAUAUUAUUUUUUAUUUUUUAAUCAUAAAUUAGAAAAUGCAAAUAAAUUUUAUUUUCAAUUUAAUUUUUUAUUUAUUUUUAAAAAUUCCUUGCUACGAUUUUAAUUUCUCGAAUUGCGGCAAGCUGUAGCGAAGCAUGAACAGGAGUCACUGAACUCAGAACACAAAAUUACCAAUCAAAUCAGUCUAUUGAUCGAUCGAUCAAUUGCCCAAUUUGAUUUCGUAAUUAAGUAAAUAUUAAUUACUUAAUGGCUAGCAGUAAUCAUGGUGGGCGAGGAAGAGGAGGAGGUGGUGGUGGUGGAGGACGAGAAGAAGAGCAGCUCGAGAAAAUGGCAGAGUUAAGCAAAACCCUAAAAGAAGGAGAGAGAAUUGUAGCCCCAACCCGACGACCCGACGGGACUCUCCGAAAACCCAUCCGGAUUCGCGCUGGUUAUGUACCCCAGGACGAAGUCGCCAUCUACCAAUCUAAAGGCGCCCUGUGGAAAAAGGAGAUGCAAUCUCAGGUAGUACCUCCAGGAUAUGAUCCAGUUGUGGAUGUAAAACCAAAGACAAAAUCAGUAAAGAGGAAUGAACGGAAGAAGGAGAAGAGGUUACAGCAGGCUGCUCUUGAAAAGGGUAAGAACUUGGAAGCAAUGGCAGAUGACGACAUGAAAAAUGAAGAAAUGUUACCUGCUGAAGAAGUAGGUAGCGCAUCAGAUUCUGUCAAGUCAUUGACAUCUCAAAUGAAUGAGCUAGCUGUUUCUGCAAAUCCCGUUUGUAGCACUCCACCUGCAGAAUUGACAGAGGCUUCAGAUCCAAGUGCUCCAUCUCAAGAUAUUGAUAAAAGAAUUCGGGCACUUAAAAAGAAGAUUCGAAUAGCAGAAGGUCAGCAGCAGAAAUCUGCACCAGAGGAUAUGAAGCCAGAGCAGUUGGAGAAGCUGGUAAAAUUGGAAAGCUGGCGCCAGGAGCUAAAGCUUUUAGAGUGUAAAAAGGCUGAACAGGCAGCAUCAUGAAUGGAGGUUUGUUCCAUGGUGAACAAACUGUGUAGUUUUUCAUUUAUUUUUUGAUGAAGCUGUGAACUCUGCUUUGUAGGAUCAAGAUUAUUCUCUCAAAGAUUUUUCCAACUUUUGUUCA